CUAUAUUAGAUCUAGAAAUUUCUAGAUAUAUCUGGAGUCUGGAGCAAAUAGUUGAAAUAGACUAGAAUUUCAAUCUGUUUUGAAAUGCCUAAGCCUAAGCAAGGCAGUCGACAUGGUAUAAAUUAUGUCAAAAACGAGGACCCUUCUUUCAUUAAGCAGUUCAAAGAAAGAAUUGGACAUAAAGAUGGUCCAACCUUAGAUUCAAAGAGAAAUUCCAGUAAUUUUGAAGAAGAAGAAGAAGAUGAUGAUGCACCAGAGAAAGAAGAUGAAAAACCAACUGUAGUAGUUAUUCAUGAAGGUGACUUGACUGCAGAAGAGGCUGAGAAGGAAAAGAAAGUUAUUGAAGAAGGACCAGCAAGGCUGGAUGAAAAAAUAACAUUCAAGAAACCAAAUAAACGAAGUCAAGACACAACAGAUUCCACCACAGACUCCACAGGCACAAUGAGCAGUGUGAAAAAAUCAAAAGAAUCCAAAAAAAAGAAAGAAUCCUUGUCCAAAAAAACAACAAACAAUUCCCUGCUAUCAUUCGGAGGGGAAGAUGAAGAUGAAUAAUAUUUGUCAAUAAAAUGAAAACAUUGUCCAAAAAAAAAAAUAAGGAACAAUUCACUGUUAUCAUUUGCAGGGGAGAAUUAAGAUGAAUAGUAUUUGUGAAUAAGAUGAAUAAUUAAUGUCUGUGUUUUAAGUUAGUAGUAAUACUUAAAAUGUAAAUUGUUUUUUUUUUUAUGUAAAAACUUGUAGUUUUGAAAAACGUUGAUUUCUGUUCAUUUUACAAAAGAAAAUUAAAAAAAAUGUUUUAAGUUAUAUAUGUUCAUUUAACAAAUAACGGUCCUAACCCUAAACCAUUUAAACAUAAAGGUCAAUCAGUGAGCAGCAACAUUGGAACAUAGUGAUGACACCCUAAAAUGCAUUCAUCAUGGAAAUCAGCCUAUUAGAAAGUUCAUUGGGUAGUUAAGUAGGAUCCUUACUUUGCCUUAGUUUAUGCAGCCAAGUUGUAACUGAAAUUGUAAAUUUAUCACAAUGACCACUUACUUUUAUCUCAUCAUCUUCUGGAGAUUUUCAUCACUUUGUAUUGGUCGCUUAUACUGUUUUUAUAAAAUUGUAAGUGAAUAUUGUUGUAUAACAAGUUGAAUGUGUGUAGACGCACUGAGAUAUUUGAAUUCUGUUGUUGUUGACUACAUGUUUCAAUGUGUUUGUGUGGAAUAAUGGACUAUUGAGAAAGUUUGUCUUCAGAAAAUAAAACACAUUUAAUAUAUAAAAAA